UAUUAUUACUCGCACGACAGCAACUUAUGCUAUGGAUUUCGAUAUGGUUGUGAAUCGAUGAAUAUCUCGGAAAAUUAUGCGGAUCUACAAUCGUGCAUGGAUGACAAUAUGACUCCCGGUACAGUGAAAUACGUCCAGUUGACGUGUGCUCUUCGUAGACUCGGUGUUGUGGUUGACAGUGAUAAUAUGCCACUACUAACGGCUCGUUGCUUCGAUAAUCCCGGUGGAAAAUUCUGUCCUAAGCGCUCAUUUUGUCAUUAUGCAAUGCACUACAACUACAGUUUCUGUUGUGCACAAGGCUUUGAGCACGGUAAUUCUGGUACUUUCUACGCACCCAUCGGAAACAUUUCCAUCGGAAAGUAA